AUGGAAACUGGGUUAAGAAGAGUUGUUAAGGACGCUUUGAUUGGAAAAAUCUUGAUCCAAUCUCGUCCUAAAACUGGAGAACCAUCGUUACAUUUUAUUAACCUUCCUAACAAUGUUCAUGAAUGUUAUGUAUUGCUCAUGGAUGCACAGAUAGCAACAGGAGCAGCUGCACUUAUGGCCAUAAGGGUAUUAUUGGAUCAUAAUGUACCUGAGGAUAGGAUAAUGUUCUUGACUUUCCUUGCAACUCCAUUAGGACUUCACGUAAUAUCUAAUGCGUUUCCAAAAGUUAAAGUAUGUACGUCAAUGAUCGAUCCAAAGAUUAAUGACGAAACGUUAUUUAUUGAACCCGGAAUGGGUAAUUUUGGUGAUCGAUAUUAUGGUACUGAUAUCUAA